CGCGCCAAUUUCGAUAUCUUCGUAAGAGAGUAGCAGGAUAUAAUUAAUAUUUGUUGCGUGUUUUGCACUUCUGGGAGAAAAUUGUUUUUAACCUUGUAUUAAAUUCAUUUUUAGGUGAGUCUUGUAUUAGCUUUCGAAUUUGUUUGCCUAGUUAUUGCAGAUCACACGAAAUGCUUUCGGCGGCUGAAAAAGCUCGUAGGCGCUACAUAAUCGCUCAGAAUGAGUUUCAAAAUGUGUUGUGUUUUUUCUGCCAUCCGUUUUUGUAGAUCAAGGACAGUCAAAAGAUUUUAUGACGCACUUCUUCCACUGUUUGAUCGCAUCAAUUUUCAUAUCUUUUAAUCACCAAUGGUAAUACUACUCUUAGUCAGAGGCUGCAGCUGUCAUAUUUCUGUUGAUUAUGAUGCCGUUAUCUUGCAAGAAGAAAUAUAAACAAUGGGAGAUCGCUGCAUUUUCUUUUCAAACUGUUUAAUUGAUUAUAGGUGGAACUAUGAAGCCCUCCUCACUAUUGAUUUUUAUUACCGUGGUUCUUCUUGAGAGCUCUAAUGCUAACUAUGAUUGGGACAUUUUUGAUAUUUUUCCUUGGAAAUUAGACCCUGAUUUUAAUCGAAAUCUCACAGAAUUGAUCACCAGCAAAGGUUACCCUGUACAAGAAUAUACUGCUCAAACCCCAGAUGGUUAUUUGCUGACUGUCCUAAACAUACCUUCAGGUAGAAAAAAGGUAUAUGGGGUAAGACAAGAAAAGAAAGUCGUCUUUCUCCAACAUGGUUUGUUGUCAUCAGCUUGUGACUGGGUUCUCAACUUUCCAAAUCAGAGUCUGGCUUUCAUUUUAGCUGAUCAUGGAUAUGACGUGUGGCUUGGCAAUAUACGAGGGAAUACUUAUGCCAGAAAAAAUAUUUACUAUCCACCUGAAAGCUCAAAAUUUUGGAACUUCAGCUUUGAUGAAAUGGCCGAAUAUGAUAUACCUAGUAUGAUUGAUUUGAUACUGAAUGUCACUGGAAAGAAGAACCUUACUUAUAUUGGUCAUUCACAAGGUACAACAGUGGCAUUUGCUUUAUUAUCUCAAAAAGCUGAAUAUAAUGAAAAAAUAAAUAUGUUCAUUGCUCUAGCUCCUGUAACUACUGUUGGCCAUAUAACUAGUGCCAUUCGAUACCUUGCUCCUUUCACACCUGAUGUUGAUUUUCUUUUCAGCAUUCUUGGAGUUGAUGAAUUCCUUCCAAACAACAUUGUUAUGAAAUAUUUAAGUGAAAUUCUUUGUGAUACAAAAAUUAAGUUCAUCUGUGAAGAUGUUAUUUUCCUCAUUUGUGGUACUGAUUAUUCACAACUAAAUGCAACAAGACUUGGUGUUUAUGUCUCACAUACUCCUGCUGGUGCAUCAACGAAAAGUAUCAUCCAUUAUGCUCAGAUGGUCAAUUCGAAAAAAUUUCAGAUGUAUGAUUAUGGAUCAAGAGGCAACAUGUUACAUUAUAAUCAAACAUCUGCUCCGGUAUAUCAUCUUGAGAACAUAACUACUAAGGUUGGUCUUAUUUGGUCUGAAAAUGAUAAAUUGGCUGAUCCUACUGAUAUUCAUAUUCUUGAGAAAAAGUUGAAAAAUGUAAUUUUAAGUACUCCUGUAAAAUUAAAAGAAUUCAAUCAUCUGGAUUUCGUAUGGGGUAUCGAUGCAAAUAUUUUAGUGUAUGAUAAUGUACUAUCGCUGCUAAAAAAGAAUUUAUAGGUAUUGAAAAUGCUUCAUAGUAAAUUUCCAAGAACAACUAUUGAGAUUUCUUAAAUCUUAAGUGCUUUAUUAUUUUUCAUUUUUUUAUCUAGUAUAAAUUCCAACAUUGAAGGGUGAUUUAGUAUGUUUCUGGCCUUUUAUCGAUGACACAUUGAAAUGAUUACAGUUUGAUAUUUUAAAUUAAUUAACUUAUGUGUGUCUGUGCCACAUUUUGAUUUUAAAGUUUGCAUUAGUAUUUACUUGAAUAUUAUCAGUAAAAUAGUCAAAUUUAUCAAUUAUAUUAUAUUUAUAAACAGUUUUUGGUUGUGAGAUAUUUAUGACUAACAAUGAUUUAAUGUUUCUAAUGUAAUUUAAUUUUUUUUAAGUUUUUAAUGUACAUAUAAAUCAAAAUUUGUUACAUUUUAAUUGUCCUAAAUAAUUUUUGUUAGUACUGUAUAUGAUAUGAAAUUUUAGGGCAUUAUGUUAAAACUAUGUUUUAUGUAUAUAGUGUGUUGUAGUCUGUUGAAAAAUGUUCAUUAUUUAUUGUAUGAUUUGAUUUUCCAUUUGCUUAGACUGGUGAGAAAUAUAGAUUUAUUCAGCGAUGAUAUAUUAAUUAAUUACCUCUUUUAGACAGCAUAAUUCUAUAAAAUCUUGUUAUUUUGAUUUCUGGUUAAUUCUCGAGUUUUAUUUCAUAAAAGAAAAUGGAUUAUUGUUAGUUGAAUAUUGUAUUUCUUAAAAUUAUCAAAAAUUUAUCUUAAUACAUAACUAUUAUUAAAAUAGUCUUUGGCAGAUGAUCGAGUACUUGUCAUUAUUUUACUUAAUAUUACUUAGAAAUCAAAAGCUUAUAUUUAAUUAUCACAGUUAUGUUUUUGCGCUUGUAUAUAUCUUUAUAAAAGAUACUCUGUAAAAUGUAAUGUUCUGAUUAUGUUGAAUGUGAUAUAGUUUUGUAUUUUUCUGUGUGAUAAAAGUAUUAGUUGAUUUUUUGAAACAUUCUUUUAUUUGUUAAUUUUUGAAAUGUGGAAAUUUUGCGUACUGUAAUUAGCUUUUCCAUUUUAUUCAUUUUAAAACAUUGUUCCCAUUUUGAAAGGGACGUUUUAUACUUAUCUCAUUAUUUAAAAUAUUCUUGUAUAAAUAAAUGUUUUUGAAUCAUUA